AUCGUUUACACCCCUAGCCUCAUCGCAGCCUACCCAUCCAGCCGUCGUUCUCCUUUCGCCAUAGCACAAAACCUUAAACCCGCGCUGCAGGCCAUCUGGUCGCCCAGACCACGCCCUACCAUCAUGACCCCAUAGCAUUACGAUGCCUUCUGGAUUAGGGCCGGGACUGGUAUCUCUGCUUAGAACUGCAAGUUCAGCCGUAAAAUUACGCAGCACUCACAGCCGUCUCCCUUUCCUACUGCGUUUUUCAAUCUCAUCAAAUGCCGGAGAGCUUGAAGCAUCGCCCUCAGCUGGCUCUCAGCGGGGUUUCUGUGGAUACGCGGCGGAGCAAUACUCAGACGAUGAAUACGAGUGUGACUUCGAAAACCAAAAGCCAUCUUCUUCAGUGGCCAACAUAGAUGAGUGGAGGUGGAAACUGAGCAUGCUUUUACGCAAUCCUGAAGAACAAGAAAUUGUCUCCAGAGAUAAAAGAGAUCGCCGUGACUAUGAGCAAGUAUCUAACCUUGCAAAAAGGAUGGGGCUUUAUAGUGAGUUGUAUGGGAAGAUGGUUGUUGCAAGCAAAGUUCCUCUUCCAAAUUAUAGACCUGAUCUUGAUGACAAACGUCCACAAAGAGAGGUUGUGAUUCCUCUCAGUCUGCAAAGACGGGUUGAGGGUUUAUUGCAGGAGCACAUUGAUAGAAUGGAACUAGAAUCUUCUAAAUACAGUAAAAUUUUGAAAAGAAAUUCUACUACCGAUGAUACCGAAGAAGUUGUAAAUGACAACCAAGAUGCUUUGGUUGAUGACGUACUUAUGGAAAAGAUUCUUCAGAGGAGGAGUUGGCGUAUGCGUAAUUUGCAACGAAGUUGGCAGGAUUCACCUGAGGGUAAUAAAAUGCUUGAUUCCAGACGUUCUCUUCCUGCAUACGCGGAAAAAGAGGCUCUUUUGUCUGCUAUUGCACGCAAUCAGGUUAUAGUGAUUUCUGGAGAGACUGGGUGUGGUAAAACAACACAACUUCCUCAGUAUGUAUUAGAAUCUGAGAUAGAAUCUGGUCGAGGAGCAUUUUGCAAUAUCAUUUGUACCCAACCUCGAAGAAUAUCUGCUAUAACUGUUGCGGAAAGGGUUUCUGCUGAACGGGGAGAGAAGCUUGGUGAAACAGUUGGUUACAAAGUUCGAUUAGAAGGCAUGAGGGGGAAAAACACACAUCUCCUUUUUUGUACCAGUGGUAUUUUACUGAGAAGAUUGCUGGGGGAUCGCAAUUUGAAUGGUGUAACCCAUGUUUUUGUUGAUGAAAUUCAUGAAAGAGGCAUGAAUGAAGAUUUCUUGUUGAUUGUGUUGAAGGAUCUUCUUCCUCGUCGUCGUGACUUGAGAUUGAUUUUGAUGAGUGCUACGUUGAAUGCUGAAAUGUUUUCAAAUUAUUUUGGUGGAGCUCCCACAAUUCAUAUUCCAGGCUUUACAUAUCCAGUUAGUGCGCACUUUCUUGAGGAUAUUUUGGAAAAUACUGGAUAUAAGUUAACUUCAUUUAAUCAAGUCGAUGACUUUGGACAAGAUAAGUUAUGGAAAACACAAAGGCAGCUGCUUCCUAGGAAGAGAAAGACUCAGAUCACCACGCUAGUUGAGGAUGUUCAAAAGAACUCAAACUAUGAAACUUAUAGUGCCAGGGCACGUGAUUCCUUGGCCAAUUGGACUCCUGAUUGCAUCGGGUUUAAUCUCAUUGAAGCUGUGUUGUGUCAUAUUUGUCGAAAGGAGCGACCUGGUGCUGUUUUAGUUUUCAUGACUGGCUGGGAUGAUAUUAGUUGCUUGAGGGACCAACUGAAGGCUCAUCCUUUGUUAGGUGAUCCAAAUAGGGUUUUGGUCCUCACUUGUCAUGGGUCAAUGGCUACAUCCGAGCAAAAGCUCAUAUUUCAAAAGCCACCUCCCAACGUACGAAAGAUAGUUCUUGCAACAAACAUGGCUGAAGCAAGUAUUACGAUUAAUGAUAUUGUUUUUGUGGUUGACUGUGGUAAAGCAAAGGAGACCACAUACGAUGCCUUAAACAACACACCUUGCUUGCUGCCUGCCUGGAUUUCUAAAGCUUCGGCGCGGCAAAGAAGAGGACGAGCUGGUCGUGUUCAACCUGGAGAGUGCUAUCAUCUCUAUCCUAAAUGUGUUUAUGAUGCCUUUGCAGAUUACCAGCUUCCUGAACUUCUGAGAACUCCUCUAAACUCCUUAUGCCUGCAAAUAAAAAGUUUGCAGCUUGGUUCCAUUGUGCAGUUCUUGUCUGCUUCAAUGCAGCCUCCAGAGCCAUUGGCUGUGAGUUAUUGAAGUGGUUUACUCAUCAACGUUACUUUAU